GGGUGCCUGGGUCUGAAGCUUUGAACUUGGAAGGAUCUAGAGUCGUCUCGUUCUUCAAAACUGACCAGUGCAAUUUUUUGAACAAGAUCAGUGCAAUUUUUGAUACGUGUAAAUAAAUGGUCGCUGUUUGAACUAGUAGUUAAAUCGUGCGGCUCUCCUGGCCGUUUCAGUUGGUCUUGCCUUCAUCCGUUGGGGUGACCAAAAGAGAAUGCAGUCUUCUUUCUUCGGUAUGGCCGCCAAAUUCCAUUGCACAACACCAUUGGUUGUCUAUAAGCAGAGACCCGCCUUGCUCCGGAGCCCCGGGAACUUCAUAUUCAAGUGCUUUAAUCGAAACCCAGUUCAUAGUUUGGUCAUCCAAGUCACCUCCACCGUUUCUACAAGAUGGGAUUUCCUAAAGUGCAAUAACAUCUCUUGGAGAUGGGUUUCUCAGAUUGUCUCGUUAUACUUGUUCUUUCUCAACAUUGUUGCUGGUGCUCAGGCCUAUGAUUACUCAGCUCCUGUUUAUGCUUGUGAAGAUGUUAACAGUUACUAUGCCAAUGUGGGGAAUUUAGUGGGUAAAUCACUCAAGAGGAAACUGAAUUCUAUUAUUGGCAAGCAUCAAUCUUUAUCUUACAGAGAGGUGUGGAAUGCUCUUAAGAUUCUAGAUGCUUCGGAUGUUGACAACCCAGAAGCUUCAUCAGGGAUAGUUGAAAUCUACUCGCUGAAGGUUGUACCAAAGUCAUUAGCAGGAAAGCCUGAAGGAUGGAAUAGAGAGCACUUAUGGCCACGAUCUUAUGGUUUGAAAAAUGGUCCAUCCCUGACUGAUAUACACAACAUUCGUCCUGCAGAUGUGAAUGUUAAUUCCUCCAGGGGGAACAAAUACUAUGGAGAAUGCAUUGUCACUUCAGCUAAAUGUUUGAAGCCAGCAAACAAAGAAGCUGCUUUGGACACAGAAACUGAUAAGAGUAGAUGGGCACCACCUAAACAGCAUAGAGGAGAUAUUGCAAGGGCACUGAUGUACAUGGCAGUAUGUUAUGGGUAUCACCAACCAGAUGGAGGUCCAGUUCUUCACCUCUCAGAUUCUCCAAAAAUUUCAAAGAGUGAGAUGGGACUGCUUUCUACGUUGUUAAAGUGGAAUGAGAUUGAUCCCCCUUCAAGAGAGGAGAAAUUGAGAAAUGACAGGGUAUGCAAAUUCUAUCAACACAACAGAAAUCCUUUUGUUGAUCAUCCAGAAUAUGCCACUCUUAUAUGGAAAGAACAUAUCUUGAGCCACGAUAGCUUCCAUCAUUUUCCUAGAAGCCAUUGAUUUCAAAUCAACAAACAAGGAAACUGCAAGGAACGAAGCAGGAGAAUUGUUAUGUGGGCUGGCUGCAAAAGGUAACGGUCACGUCUAAGCCUUGAUUCUUGGAAUGAUGGUCGGGGUAUGGAGGAAGGUUGUUGUAAUGUAUGUGGUUUGUUUACAUACCUAUCAAU